AUGCGACUAAAGCGUUACUAUAUUAUGCGUUACUCCGUUACUCGUUAUUAGUAAUGCAUAAUACAGUAACGCUUUUUAUGUAUGUUACUCGUUACCAGUAACAGAGUACCGCAUGUGUUACUCGUUACUAGUAACGCAUAAUAUAGUAACGCUUUAGUCGCAUUGUGUUGUGAAAAUUUUUAUUUUUAUUCUAUUCAACUUAGCUACACGUAACGUUCAAUUUCGUUUCUAUCAUAAUAUUUACGGGCAAGAAGGUGGAGUGUCAAUGGGUAGUCCAUUAGCACCUAUUUUAGCGAAUCUGUUCAUGGAGAACUUAGAAAACAAACAUAUUUUAACAUCAGAAAAUGAAAAAGAGUAAAAAUGUGGAUAAGAUAUGUUGAUGAUAUUCUAGUUCUAAUUAACGGUACCACUUGUGAUGCCUCUGAAUUAUUAGACAACUUCAACAAAAUUCAUCCGAUCAUAAAAUUCACACUGGAAAUAGAACAAGAUAAUAAAUUAGCCUUUUCAGAUGUUUUGAUUGAGAAACAUUCUGAUCAUCUUGAAACAACAGUAUAUAGGAAAAAAACAUGCACUAAUCUAUACAUGAAAUGGGAUUCCGGGU